CAAAACAAAACCAUUAUUUUUUUUUCCCUGCAAGUUUUCUCUCGAUGUUGAGUGGAAUAUUAAAGCACCUUUUCGGUGCAUAUCCAGCCCUUCUUCUUCUAGUCAUCCUAGCCGGCCACCAGGGUUGCAGUGCUAGAAAGAACAGUGUUUACUGCGCUCCAUCUUCUUGCGGCAACAUCCAUAAUAUUAGCUUCCCUUUUCGACUAAGUACCGAUCCCAAUAGCUGCGGCAACAAAAAAUAUGAACUUAGUUGUGAAAACAACCGCCCAGCUUUAUACUUGAAGAAUAAGGGGGCAAAAUAUUACGUCCAGGCAAUCGAUUACAGCAACUUCACGAUUCGAGUUGUAGAUGCUGAUGUUCAGAAGGAUGAUUGCUUCUCUAUCCCUCGUCAUUCUUUAAUCGUAGAUCCUUCCUCCGACACCAGUCAAUAUCAUAUGGAUUAUCUUCCAUAUGAAAUUUUCUGGCUCGAUAACUUUUAUCUUUACAACUUUACAACUUUUAUUUUUAUAAGUUGCCCAAAUCCAAUACUGAAGGGUUAUUCAGACUAUAUUGUGGAUACUUCUUCAUGCAAAAAUGGUAGUAGUCUUUUUAAUUCCCUCAAUAUGGAGGGUUAUUCCAGCUAUGUCUUAAUUGGUUAUUUUUCCUUCGGGGAGAUACCGGACUCGUGCCAUGUAAAUUUGAUAUAUCCCCUGCAUCUCACUUUUGAUCAGCUGAAAAAUGGGACCAAUAUUUCCUAUAUAGAUGUCCAAGAUAGUAUUCUAUAUGGGUUUUAUCUUUCAUGGUCUCGGGCCUGUUGUGAUUUUCUGAAAGAGAACCGCUGCAAACUUGAUGAAGCCAACAUAAACAAGUAUUGCAACUUAAUAAGGGGUGGUCCGAUCAGAAUUGCAAUAGAUUUUCUGACUAAUCGUAUACUCAGUUAUCUUGUCGUAUGGCCGCUAGACAGGUAUUUACCAGAUGGCGAAUGGAUACAAUAUUAUCAAAGCUCGAGGAAACCACGAUUGAAAUUCAACUUUUAUAGAAACGGACCUAAUUCUUUUCCUUAUAUCACGAAGACGAUCUCUUCGGAUGCACUAAGCAUUUUCAUAGUUUUGCUCAUUACACUACUUGUGCUCAUCGGGAUAUAUCACACAUUAUUAUUCCUUUGUGGGCUUCCAUGUCUUAUAACCUUAUUGGUCUACAAAUGGCGAAGAAGGCAUUUAUCAAUGUUUGGUAACAUAGAAGAAUUCUUGCAAAGUCAUGAUCAUAAUCUCACGCUUAUAAGGUACUCUUACUCGGAGAUUAAGAAGAUAACUCACGGAUUCAAUGACAAGUUAGGUGAAGGAGGUUAUGGCUCGGUGUACAAAGGAAAGCUUCGUAGUGGUCGUUUCGCGGCUGUAAAAAUUUUGCGCAAAGAAAAAGCUAAUGGGCAAGACUUUAUCAAUGAAGUUGCCACCAUUGGAAGAAUUCACCAUUGCAAUGUGGUGCAACUCAUAGGCUUUACUGUUGAGGGCUCGAAGCGUGCUCUUAUAUAUGAGUUCAUGCCUAAUGGAUCUCUUGAAAAAUAUAUUUUUUCUAGGCAAGGAAGCAUACCGUUGAGUAACCAGAAAAUAUAUGAAAUUUCUCUAGGGGUGGCUCGUGGCAUUGAAUAUCUACAUGAAGGUUGUGACAUGCAGAUUUUGCAUUUUGACAUCAAGCCUCACAACAUUCUUCUCGAUGAAAAUUUCACUCCAAAAGUCUCAGAUUUUGGACUUGCAAAAUUGUAUCCGACUAAUAAUAGCGUUGUGUCCCUUACCAUGGCUAGAGGAACGAUGGGAUACAUGGCUCCUGAGUUAUUUUACAAAAGUAUCGGAGGCGUUUCUUACAAAGCUGAUGUUUAUAGUUUUGGGAUGUUAUUGAUGGAAAUGGUUGGGAGAAGGAAAAAUCUAAAUGCAUUGACAGAUCAUUCAAGUCAGAUGUACUUCCCUUCAUGGAUUUAUGACCAGGUUAAUGAAGGAAGGAAUAUACUUGAAGAUCAAGCAACAGAGCAGGAAAAGAAUACAAUAAAAAAGAUGACUAUAGUGGCAUUAUGGUGCAUACAAUUGAAGCCUAUUGAUCGUCCCUCGAUGCACAGAGUUGUACAGAUGCUUCAAGCAGAUAUUGAAUCUCUACAAAUGCCUCCUAAGCCUUUUCUCGUUCCACAACAGACAUCAAAUGAUGAUAGGAUCAAUAUGGCUAAUCCAACAAGUUUAAGAGAUCCGUCCAAUGGUUGUAGCAUCGAUUCUUCAUAUCAAUUUGGUCGUUGAUAGAAAUACUCUUAUAUGUUUGUUUAUUUAUGUAAUAUGUUAAUUUUGUAUGCCUUAACUAUCUGAACUUUGAUGAUAAUCGAAAUCAUAUGGAUGUUAGUUAAAAUUUGUAAUUAACUAGCUUACAGAGCACCCAAUAUAAUAUAUAUUUUUCAAUUAAA